CGCUCCAACCCGGGUGCGUGGCUCAUCCUCCGGCCCGCCGGCGACGACGCGUGGGAGCCGUGGGGCCGCCUCGAGUGCUGGCGCGAGCGCGGCGGGGCGGGGUCGUCCGACAGCCUCGGCUACCGCUUUGACCUCCUCGUCCCCGGCGUGGACCACGCCGUCCCCAUCGCGGACUCCACCAUCGCCGCGUCCAAUGGCGGCAAGUUCGCGCUCGACCUAACAGCCGCGCAGCCCCUGAGCCGGGGGAGCACCCCGGGCUGCAGCCCGCGAGGCAGCGGCGACUUCAGCCAGUGGCCUCUGGGGAACUACCGCGGGUUCGUGAUGUCGGCGGUGGUGGAGGGCGAGGGGCGGUGCAGCAAGCCCACGGUGGAGGUCGGGGUGGCGCACGUCGGGUGUGCGGAAGACGCGGCGGCGUUCGUGGCGCUGGCGGCGGCAGUGGACCUGAGCAUGGACGCGUGCAGGCUCUUCUCGCACAAGCUCAGGAAGGAGCUCUCGCACCUGCGGUCGGACGUCCUCCGGUGACCGCCGGCGGCCGGCAAACAUCUCAUUCCGACGAGCAAACUGUACAAAGUAGAGCCGAGAAUCUAGAAGACAAUUUAGC